UGUCAAUGUAGGCGGAGAACCGAAGUUCUGAAAUUCGAAUUCCGAUAAAUUUCUUUCAAUAUCUGCAUAUUCAGAUAUUGUAAAUAUAAAAUCCUUUUCUGGAUGAAACUAUGGACACGUUAUGAUUCAAUAGGCUAAUUUUUUGGGUCCUAUUAUUUAAUUUGAGAACUUACCGCUGAAAAAAAACAGAAUUAAAUAAACAAAGCUGUUUAAUAUAAGUGUUUCGGCAUAAUGUGCGGCGUAUAUUGUGUAAAUAGACCUUGAAGCUCUAACAACGUGUGGUUUGGGCCAGCUGUGUGGCCAGAACUUGUUUAAAAAUGAAACCUACCGAAAAUGGCAUCACCAUGACACCGGCAAUACUCGUGACGGGCGGCGCGGGCUACGUCGGGUCUCACACGGUCACCACUCUCCUAGAGAGACAGUCGGGACAAGAAUUUGAAAUAGUUGUCGUUGAUAACUUGAGCAAUGCAUACAGAUCGGAAGGCCAGAAGAAGCCGGAGUCACUGAGGAUUAUUGAGGAGAUCACGAAUAAGACUAUCCACUUCUAUGAGCUUGAUAUUAGGGAUGCUGAUGCUUUGAGCAAGGUUUUUGAGACGCACAACGUAGAAUGUGUGAUCCACUUCGCUGCGCUGAAGGCAGUCGGCGAGUCCGUGGAGAAACCGCUGGAGUACUACCAGGCCAACAUCGGCGGAACAUGCACUCUCAUGGAGACAAUGCGUAAGUACGGUGUCUUCAAGCUGAUCUACAGUUCGUCGUGCACAGUGUACGGCGAGCCGGAGCGGCUGCCGCUAGACGAGGGCCACCCCACCGGCCGCGGCCUCACCAGCCCGUACGGCAAGUCCAAGUACUUCUGCGAGGAGAUCAUGAAGGAUCUCUCUAUCAGUGAUAAGAAGUGGAAGAUAAUAUCCUUGCGGUACUUUAACCCUGUGGGCGCGCAUCGCAGCGGCCGCAUCGGGGAGGACCCGGCCGGCAUACCCAACAACCUCAUGCCUUUUAUUGCACAGGUCGCUGUGGGUCGCCUCAGUGAGCUGAAGGUAUUCGGCAACGACUACCCGACACCUGAUGGCACCGGCGUGAGGGACUACAUCCACGUCGAGGACCUGGCUGAGGGCCACGUCAAGGCCAUGAAGCUAUUCCAGCAACCAGGGUUCAGCGGGUUCCAUGCUAUUAACUUGGGUACCGGCACUGGCUACUCCGUCCUCGAGAUGGUGGCAGCAUUCAAAGCCGCCAGCGGCAAGGACAUUCCGUACCGCAUCAUAGGCCGCAGGGCUGGUGACAUCGCAACCAACUACUCCGACGUCGCUUUAUCACAUAAACUCCUCGGUUGGAGAGCAGUUAAAACUCUAGAAGACAUGUGUGCUGACACCUGGCGGUGGCAGAGCAAAAACCCUAAUGGUUUUAAAACCAGUUAAGGGUACUGACUCGAUAAUUCAUUUUAUUUUUUGGCUGGAGUAAGGUGUGGAAGCGAGAUGGUGCGUUAUAUGUAGAGCGUUAUCUCUUUCCCACAAUUGCUACAAUAUCUGGUAUGUUUGAAUUUUUGGCUUAAUGCAGUUUAAGUGAGAGGUUUUGGAGAGUAAAACUUGAAUUAUUAUGGAGUUUAGAAAGCCAUAAAUAGUUGUAUUGUUGACGUAAUGUUUGUCUUUUCGGCCUAUUUAGUAUCAGAUGAUUACCUUUUAAAAGUACGGUAGGUUACGUGCAAGCGAGACGCCGAUACACAGUAUAAAGCGGUCUCUUUUUCGCAACUACAAAAGUCGGAAGUUAUUAUAAGAGGAAGUGGUUGGGUCCAUCUAACAGCCCCAGCAUCUGUUUAAUAGCUGCAUAAGUAAAAUUGUGUUUCAGUUCAGUCAAAUAUAUACAGGAAUAAAGAAGUGUAUAUCAAGUCAGCCAGUACAAAUUAAACGAAAGUACCAAAUAAUUAUGGUUACCAAUCCCGGUAUUUAAAUAGAUAUAUUUAUUUUUUUAUUUGUACGAAAGGCUCAAUUUGCCAUGUACCAAACAGUAAAACGAAAUCGAAUAAUUUAUUUUUAAUUUACCAAAUUAAUGUUCAACGUUCCUAUUAUGUUGCCAUGUUUAUUUUUUUAACUUUAUAAAAUAAAUAUUUUUGUAUUUAUAAUAUUAAUUUAGGACCAAAGCUAUACCAAAUACAUGCCAAAGCAUUUACUUGUUGUAAAAUUAAAAACGUUAAUGUUUAAAAUAUUUAUCUAAGUUUUUAUUUAUGACGAAAUGGAUAAAAAUAUCUAUUUAUUUACGCCUUUAAAGAGCGGUUUUUGUGUUAUUAUGAUUUCAAUUAGUCGAACUAUUAUUUAUUGAUAAAGUGCAUUUAUAAAUAGUGCCAUUUCUUAAAACGAAGUACUGUAUGUAUUUUCUUAUUUUACUAAGUCGAGGCCUCAGAGGCUUGAAUAAUAUAAUAUUAUGUUAUGUAUUAUGUCAUAAUUUAAUGUUAACGCUGCCAUUGUUGCAAAAGCGUGAUUAUGUGUACAUGGUACAGUCAGCAAAUAAUAAAACGUGACCUAUUUCAAAUACGUUUAAAUAAUCACCUAAAAAAUAUAUUUGGAAAUAUGUAUAUAUUCCUCUUUUACAAUUUCAGGAAUAUGGCAAAAAAAAUACAUUUGAAUAUUUAUAAUAUUAAAGGAAAGAAACUGAAGCCCAAAUAAGUUGUAAGAAAUUGUUUUUUUUUUCUUUUUGCUGACUGUAUACUAGUAAUUCUAAUAUUUAGUCUUUGUCUAGGUGCUAGUUAUACCAAAUUAUAAAACAUUGAACUGCUAAUCAUUCCUCUUCUAUUGCAUUCUUAUUUAAUUUAUAUUUUGCGGUGCUAA